AUGGAAAAGGGAGAUGGUCAUAAGGAUUAUCCAGACAAUUGCGCCGAGCCAAAUUCAAGCCUUAACAGUGGGGGAACCAAAUGGGGGUAUCCUGGCGCAGGGAAAAACCAUAUCGAUAACGUAGACGAAGAGGAGAAAAAACGCGUUAAGACUAUGAGCAAUGCCACCAGCAGUUGUACGGUUAUGCAGGGGGGACUUUCUGACGAGUUCGGAUUCACCACGGGGAAGGGAAAACCGAGUGGUGAUAUGCAGCAUGCGGAGAUGAAGUCGUACUUAAAUUGGUACAUACGAAGGGAACGGGAAGCUGAAUGCGGUGCGAGGAGCCACCCCCCUGGAGACUACCCCCCAAGGGACACCCCCCCAAGUGCACUGGACGCAGAACUGAGCAAACUGGAAGUCGCUCUGAGGCCCUCCCAAAACGAUGUUAACAGCAUAAAAACGUUCCUCGCCUUCCUGCAGAAGGAAAUAAAUAAGCAUUACAAAAAUUGCCACGUAACACCCUUUGGGUCUAUCAUCAACGGCUUCUGGACCCGAAACAGUGACAUAGAUAUAUGCAUUCAAAUCCCGAUACUGCUCAGCAGGAAGGACCAAAUAACAUUCCUAAAAAAAAUCUGCCUCAUAUUGAACAAUUUUAAUGAUGGAAUAAUUGAGCAGAGAUUUUCUGCAAAAGUACCCAUCAUUCAUUUUUAUUGUAAAAGUUUAAGACACUCAUUUGAACUGUCCUGUGACAUUUCCGUAAAUAACAUCCUUGCAGUGGUGAACUCUAAGUUGAUUCAGAAAUAUGUAAGCAUAGAUAAAAGACUACAAUUAAUGGGAAUUGCUUUAAAGUAUUGGUCGAAAAAAAAAAAUAUAAAUGACAAGAUCGAAAGGAUUUUUAUCGUCAUUUUCUUUAAUUUUAAUGAUAAUUCACUUUUUACAAUAUACAUCUCUUUCAAGAGAAAUGAAAAACCGUUUUAUGUCAUGGGUGUUGAUUGUAAAUUUUGCCAGGAUGAAAAUGUCAUUCGAGAGGAGCUGCGCAGAAUUAAUAACUACAACGAUGUCUAUGUAGAUACGUCAACCUUGCUCAUUGAGUUCUUCAAAUUUUUUGGACACAAAUACAAAAGUGGCAUAAUUGCUAUACGAGACAUAAACGAUUAUUACCAGAACUUCCAAGCCGUAAAAAGUUACGAAUCCUACUUCCUUUUCGUGGACAACCCUUUUGAAGUAGGCAAAAAUGUGGCCAACGUCCUGCCCCAGAACUACAAAACUAUUGUCAACGAAAUGAAGCGCGCCUAUAAAAUCUUGAAAAAUAACGGCUCCUGGAGGGACGUGUGCAGGGCGGACCACGUUUUGGUGUAG